AGAGACGCCAGCGGCUCCCGACUUUCCUCUUCCCGGGAACCUCUCCCUCCUCCGCCUCCUCUUCCCCCGAAGAACCCAACAUGAAGCACCGAGAGCGCGAUGGGGAGAGAGAGAGUUGAUCUGUCUUCGCUGCUGCUCUUGGAUUUCCCACCGUCCCGUGCAAAUCUUUGUUGCUUCUUUCGUUUCUCUCUCUCCUUUUGUCGAUCUCACGGUUUGCAAAAAUGAUAUAGAAUCAAAUGUGAAUCCUAUUGCAAGUUCUUUCUCCUGCUGCAUACUCUUUUAAGAAAUGUGGUGGGUUUAUGUGUUCUUCACUUUGUCAUUCUUGCUGCUGCAGGUGAGGUCCAAUUAUGAAGGGGAUUCACUGAUUCAAUUGAAGAAGUCUCUAAAUGCCUCUUCCACUCAGCUUCGUGAUUGGAAUCAAUAUCUGGUUACCCCAUGUACUUGGUCUCUUGUUUCUUGUGACACGAAGAAUAAUGUAACUCAAGUAGUUUUGAACUCUAUGGGAUUAUCAGGAACGUUGAUACCUGCAGUUGGAGCUUUGCGGUCCCUUUCUGUUUUUUCAGUACUAGAUAACCAUAUCUCUGGUGGCAUACCAAAUGAAUUCGGGAAUUUAGUGGAUUUGACAAGUUUAGAUUUGUCAAAAAACCGAUUGACUGGCGAAAUACCAACGUCUCUUGGGAAUCUGACAAAGCUUCAGUACUUGAUUUUGAGUGAAAACAACCUUGGAGGAAGCAUUCCUGAUUCUCUUUCAAAUAUUCCAACUUUAGUUGAAAUUCAGCUUGCUUUCAAUAAUCUGACUGGUGUCAUACCGAAGCGAUUAUUUCAAGUUCCUAAAUACAAUUUUACAGGAAACAAAUUAAACUGUGGUUUGGGUCAUCCAAACCGUUGUGAAUCCGCUCCACAAGAUUAUGGAAACACAAAGAAAUCGAAAGCUGGAGUUGCAUUUGGUAGUAUUGGAGGUGUCUUGGGAUGUGUUGUCUUGGGAGGUGUGUUUUUUGUUUGGUGGAAAGGUCGGCGCAAAGGCUAUAAACCUGAAGUAUUUGUUGACGUCUCAGGUGAGGAUGAUCGCAGGAUCGCAUUUGGUCAGCUGAAGAGGUUUGCUUGGCGCGAACUGCAGAUAGCCACUGACAACUUCAAUGAGAGGAAUGUGCUUGGGCAGGGAGGAUUUGGUAAGGUUUAUAAGGGUGUUCUUGGUGAUAAUACGAAGAUAGCUGUCAAGCGCCUGACAGAUCAUCAAAGUGCGGGUGGAGAGGCUGCAUUCUUACGAGAGGUUGAGUUGAUCAGUGUAGCAGUCCACCGUAACCUUUUGAGAUUAAUUGGAUUCUGUACAACUCCUUCAGAACGUCUUCUGGUCUAUCCUUUCAUGCAAAACCUUAGUGUUGCAUCUCGCUUACGAGAGAUUAAGCCUGGGGAGAAGGUUUUGGAUUGGCCAACUCGAAAACGAAUUGCCUUAGGCACAUCUCGAGGAUUGGAAUAUCUUCAUGAGCACUGCAAUCCUAAGAUAAUCCAUCGUGAUGUCAAAGCUGCUAAUGUUCUAUUAGAUGAAGAAUUUGAAGCUGUUGUUGGGGACUUUGGCCUCGCAAAGUUGGUUGAUGUCAGAAAGACCGAUGUAACAACUCAAGUUCGUGGAACCAUGGGGCACAUAGCUCCUGAGUAUCUUUCCACGGGGAAAUCAUCUGAAAGAACUGAUGUUUUCGGAUAUGGCAUUAUGCUCCUAGAGCUUGUUACAGGACAACGUGCAAUAGAUUUUUCCCGCCUGGAAGAAGAAGAUGAUGUGUUAUUGCUUGACCAUGUGAAGAAGCUGGAAAGAGAAAAAAGAUUGGAUGCCAUCGUCGAUCCGAACUUGAAGCAGAAUUAUGAUGGCCAAGAAGUGGAAAUGAUGAUACAGGUCGCACUGCUUUGUACACAAGCAUCACCAGAAGAUCGCCCAAAGAUGGCAGAAGUUGUUCGCAUGUUGGAAGGUGAAGGCUUGGCAGAAAGGUGGGUGGAAUGGCAGCAGGUCGAGCAUACGCGCAGACAGGAGUACGAGAGAAUACAGCGAAGAUUUGAUUGGGGUGAAGAUUCAGUAUAUAACCAAGACGCAAUUGAAUUGUCUGGUGCAAGGUAACCUGAUGGACUGAAGCUUGUUCCAAGUCCAGUUCAAUUUUUGGUUAUAGCCUACUGCGUGCAGGACAAAAAAGGACGCGUAUCUGGUGUUCCUAUGAGAUCAAUUGUUUCCUAUGUCCAGUCGCUUGGACCUGCACGUCGAGAGAAGCUAAGUGUACCAUAUGACUGUUUCUAUUAAUUAUAUCAAGGGUCUUUCGUUUC